UGUGUACCUAUCUAAGACUUGCCGUGUGCAAAUGAAAUAUUUCAGACCGAUGAUGACAUGUUUGAGAAAUUGACAUACGCUAUGUUCCAUGUUUGUCAUAUAGUUUAUUUGGCCAAGGAACCCAAUUGCUAAAUAAUUCAAGAUUGAAACCAACUUGGCAAAAGUGGACAAAGUUCCUCAUAAAUUCAAGAUUCUCCUCUUGCAAGUAGCUGGAGAUGAAAUCCCACUUGGCGGAGGAAGUAGACAAAUUUGCCAGAAAUUAUUCAACAUGACCCAUUUGCGAAAUAAUUAAAGAAAAGUAUCCCUUUGAUUUGCUUCAGCUUUCUCCAGUGAAGAAAAAAUGGAGGUUGUUGGAGAGGCUUUUCUUUCUGCUGCCAUCGGCCUGCUGUUUGAGAAGUUGGCCUCGUCAGAUUUGUGGAGGUUUGCCAAAAAAAUGUGGGUUCAUACUGACCUCAAGACAUGGGAGAAAGAACUGUCGAAUAUCCGGAGAGAGCUCAACGACGUCGACGAGAAGCAGAUCGCAGACCAGUCUGUGAAAGAAUGGCUGAGCGAUCUGAGGGAUUUGUCUUAUGAUAUGGAGGACGUCCUGGACGAGUUCGCCUACGAUGCUUUGGGACAACAGCUGAAGGCGGCGGAGUCUGAUCAAGCCAGCACAAGCCAGGUACGCAAGCUCAUUUCUAUUUGUAGUCUAACCGAAAUCAGGCGGCGUGCGAACGUGAGGUCCAAGGCCAGGGAAAUCACUUGCCGGUUAGAAGAGAUCUCAGCUCGAAAAUCUGAGCUUGGUUUGGAAAAAAUGGCAGCUGCAGCAACCACUUCUGCUUGGCAAAGCUCUACCACAACAUCAAUGGCGUACGAGCCUUGGGUUUUUGGCAGGGAUGGAGAUAAAAGGACGAUCACUGAAAUGAUUCUCAGGGAAGAAGAACCCACUGAAACCAAUGUUUCAGUGAUCUCCAUUGUUGGCAUGGGUGGAGUUGGGAAGACCACACUUGCCCUGAUGGUGUACAACGAUGAGGAAACAGCAAAAAAUUUUAGUCUCAAAGCUUGGGUUUGUGUAUCAAAUCAGUACGAUAUGGUGAGAAUAACAAAGACAAUUCUCGAGACUGUCACUUCCCACAGCAGUAACCUGCAGGAUUUUAAUCAAAUUCAAAGGGCUUUGAGUGAAGCAUUGAGAGGAAAAAGGUUUUUGAUAGUUUUAGAUGAUUUGUGGAAUGAGGAUUAUGGUGAUUGGAACUGCUUGAGAUCUCCCUUUUGGGCUGGAGGAAAAGGGAGCAAAAUCAUAGUUACAACUCGCUGCAAAGGGGUUGCAACUAUGAUGGGAGGAGAAAAGAAUUUGUAUGAGUUAAAGCAUUUAUCUUAUGAAGAUUGUUGGCUGGUGUUUGAGAAACAUGCUUUUGAGAAUAGGAGUAUUAACCUCCAUCCAAGUUUAGUAUUGAUUGGCAAGAAAAUUGUAGAAAAGUGUGCGGGCUUGCCGUUGGCAGCAAAAGCACUUGGUGGGCUUUUACGAACUAAACUAGAAGAGGAAGAAUGGGAAAAUAUAUUGAACAGUAAAGUAUGGAAUUUACAAGGUGAGAAGUGUGGCAGUAUUAUCCCUGCGUUGAGAUUGAGCUACAAUCAUCUCCCUUCACAUUUGAAGAGGUGUUUUGCCUAUUGUGCAAUAUUCCCAAAGAACUACGAAUUUAUGGAAAAAGAGUUGAUUCUCUUAUGGAUGGCUGAAGGUUUGAUUCAAUGUUCUCAAGACAUUAAUAAGCAAGAAAUGGAAGAUUUAGGUCAUGAUUAUUUUCGUGAAAUGAUGUCAAUGUCUUUUUUUCAACCAUCAAAUAGAAAUAUAUCACGAUUCGUGAUGCAUGACUUCAUUCAUGAUCUAGCUCAAUUUGUAGCCGGAGAAAUAUGCUUUCAUUUAGAGGAUAGGUUGGGGAUUGAUUGCUCUAUUUCUGAAAAGAUUCGUUUUUCAUCAUUCAUUCGUUGCUACUUUGAUGUCUUCAACAAGUUUGAAUUCUUUCAUAAGGUUGGACAUUUGCGCACCUUUAUAGCAUUACCAGUUUGUUCAUCACCGUUUUUGCCCCAUUAUUUAAGCAAUAAGAUGCUUCAUGAAUUGGUGCCAAAACUAGUAACCCUGAGGGUGUUGGCUUUAAGUGGUUAUUCAAUAAGUGAGAUACCCAAUUCAAUUGGUGACUUGAAGCAUUUAAGGUAUCUCAACUUGUCUAACACAAAAAUCAAAUCGUUACCUGAGUCAGUUUGUGACCUCUAUUUCUUACAAACAUUAUUAUUAUCAGGGUGCAAGAAUCUUACUAGGUUGCCGAUUACCAUUGGGAACCUAAUUAACCUUUGACAUCUUGAUGUUAGUGAUACAGGUCGAUUAGAAGAAAUGCCUACGCAAGUUGGUAAACUCAAAAGUUUGCAAGUAUUGUCUAAUUUUAUGGUGGGAAAAAACAACAAUUUGGAAAUAAAGGAGUUGAGGAAUAUGCCACAUCUUCAAGGAGAACUUUGCAUUUCAAACGUGGAAAAUGUGAUGAAUAUUCAAGAUGCAAAGAAUGCCAAUCUACAUCUCAAACACAAACUUGAAUGGUUGACAGUGAAAUGGAGUGCCAAGCUUGAUGAUUCGCGAAACAAAAUGCAUGAAAUGGAUGUCCUUAACUCUCUACAACCCCAUUUGAAUCUAAAAAAACUUAGCAUUAUGGAAUAUGGUGGACUAAAAUUACCAUGUUGGAUAGGGGAUUCCUCAUUUUGUAAAAUGUUGGAUGUAACGCUCAUUAAUUGUAGAAAAUGCACAUCGCUACCAUGCCUUGGACAAUUACCAUUGCUCAAAAACUUACGGAUUGAAGGAAUGGAAGAAGUGAAAAAAGUGGGUGUUGAGUUCCUUGGGGGGCCUUCUCUUUCCAUCAUAGCUUUCCCAUCCUUGGAGUCUUUAUCUUUUGUGAAUAUGCCAAAGUGGGUGAAUUGGGAGCACAGUUCUUCAUUAGAGUCAUAUCCUCAUGUUCAACAACUUACAAUUCGGAAUUGUCCUCAAUUGAUCAACAAAUUACCCACUCCUCUACCUUCCAUAAUAAAGCUUAAUAUUUGGAAAUGCCCACAGUUGGGAAUUCCACUUCCAAGUCUUCCAUCUCUUCGUAAAUUAGAUCUACAAGAAUGUAAUGACUUGGUGGUGAGAAGUGGGAUUGACCCCAUCUCACUCACCCGCUUUACAAUUUAUGGAAUUUCAGGGUUCAACAGAUUACAUCAAGGGCUCAUGACCUUCUUACCAGCACUUGAAGUCCUGAGAAUUUCAGAAUGUGGUGAACUGACAUAUUUGUCGGAUGGAUCAAAAAACUUAUUGGAGAUUAUGGAUUGUCCACAACUUGUAUCCUUGGAAGAUGAUGAAGAACAAGGGCUGCCUCACAGUCUUCAGUAUCUGGAAAUAGGGAAGUGUGGUAACCUGGAGAAGCUUCCUAAUGGAUUGCAGAACCUAACAUCUCUUGAAGAGUUAAGCAUCUGGGCUUGUCCAAAGCUGGUAUCAUUUCCAAAAAUAGAUUUCCUCUCAAUGCUUAGGCGGCUUAUCAUCAGAGAUUGUGAAGACCUAAAGUCUCUUCCUGAUGGGAUGAUGAGGAAUUGUAACAAGAAUAGCAGCUUGUGUCUCCUAGAAUAUUUAGAGAUCAGCUUCUGUCCAUCUCUCAGAUGUUUUCCAGAAGGAGAGUUACCAACUACUCUUAAGGAACUGCAUAUAUGUUACUGCGAAAACCUCGAGUCUCUACCAGAUGGAGUGAUGAAACAUGAUUCCAGCCCCCAGCACAAUACUAGUGGCCUUCAAGUCUUGCAAAUCUGGAGAUGUUCAUCUCUCAAGUCAUUCCCGAGAGGUUGCUUCCCGCCCACCCUUAAGCUACUUCAGAUUUGGAGUUGCAGCAAACUGGAGUUGAUGAUAGAGAAGAUGUUUCACGAUGAUAAUUCACUUGAAUGUUUGGACGUCAAUGUGAAUUCAAACUUAAAAAGCUUACCAGACUGCCUCUACAACCUCAGAAGACUUCAGAUCAAAAGAUGCGUGAAUCUCAAGUCCCUGCCGCAUCAAAUGCGAAACCUGACUUCUCUUACGUCUCUUGAGAUAGCUGACUGUGGGAAUAUCCAGACUUCCCUAUCUAAGUGGGGCCUUAGCAGACUCACCUCUCUCAAAUCAUUCUCCAUUGCUGGCAUAUUUCCUGAAGUGGUCUCCUUUUCUAAUGAUCCGGAUCCGUUUCUUCUUCCUUCAACUCUCACCUAUCUUUCCAUUGAAAGAUUCAAGAAUCUUGAAUCCCUUACCUCCCUGGCUCUCCACACACUCACCUCCCUUCAGCAUCUAUGGAUUUCAGGGUGUCCUAAGCUGCAGUCAUUUUUGCCAAGAGAAGGACUUUCUGACACAGUUUCACAGCUAUAUAUCAGAGAUUGUCCACUCCUAAGUCAAAGGUGCAUAAAGGAGAAAGGAGAAGAUUGGCCCAUGAUUUCCCACAUCCCAUAUGUUGAAAUAAACCGCAAGUUCAUCUUUGAGCAAUAAUAAGUCAAGUUGCAGAACUUAGAAGGAGACACCAUUCAAUACUGACCAUCUUUGCAUUUAAUAAAGCAAUGGGUGGCAAGUGACAAGUCUGUCAAGUUAUGAAAUGCCAUGAUGGGAAAAUUUCAAAAGCUGUGUUAGGCCUGUUUAUCAGAUAAGUUGGUCUGCUGAUGGUCUAUGCUGAAGUUUACCCCCCACCCCCACACUGGAAGAUAUAUCUACAUCAGUUCUUUUUCCUGAUUCAAGUUUAUCCUCCUCUGCUACUCCCCCACCGGAAAUUAUCUGGUCUUCUGCAGGGAAUACGAUAGCUGCUCUUUUGGCAAGGUGCUAUGAUAUAAGCACAGCUUUAAGGAUGAGUGGGGAUGAUACUACCAGGGAUUAAUUGAGGCUAAUUCUAAUUCAUCAUCUCUUCUGUUAGUUCUUGUUCACAUCUACUUCUCCAGUGGAGCUAAACAUCCAGACAUUCAUUCUCCUGCAAAGGAUGAAUCCUCAGAUGGGUGGUUUAAAUGGGUCAUCCCAGCCCAUGGGCAAUUCAAUAUGGGUCUAAGCCCAUUACCCUAAAGCCCAACAAGGGUGUAAAUGAGAUUAUGAGCAAGUUCAAAUGUACUUCAUUUCUACUAAGAUCUUUUUGUAUUAAAUGAACAUCUCGUGAAUCAAUCUUAGUCAAUCAUCACCAAUUCGCUCACCUA